GGCUAAUGGCUAUUGCAGAGCCGUCUAAAGGGCUCUGGGCUGUUUCAUUGCACAAAUUCCUCAAAGAGCUUGAAGGAUGUCAAGACGACCUGAUUUGCGUCCGCCAAGAAGCUGAGCGAAUUUUUUACGAAGCUGACAAACUCUUUCGUCCCUGGCCAAGUGAACACGUUAAAUGUGACAGCAAGUCAACCGUUGCAAGCAUGAAGGAAAGAGAAAGAGAAAGUAGGGAAUGCAAGAAGACUUUGCCUUGUGCCACACCAGCUGACAAACAUGUUAGCGUAUCAAGACAAGAACCUGGAACGAAUAAUGGCACCGAAAUAGAACAAGCAAAUAUUCAAGAGUCUAUCAAUAUGGAAGCUUUGGAUAAAGUUCUGGCAAUGGCUGUGAAUGCAAGAAAAAUUCAAGCUCAACAUGAAGCUGUAGAAAAGCAAGGCAAACGUCUAAAGCUAAACACAACUGUUGUGUCACUGUCUCGUUCCUCUAUUGAUGGAAAGAUAAAAUCCAGACCCACAAGGACUGUUGUACGUAAAACAUCAAGGUAUACAGACAGUGCAUCUAAGCACAAGUCGUUGACCACGUCGUCGUUGGUGAAGACUAGAACAUCAGGUGUGGCCAGUGAACAAUCGCGUGGCAAGACCUCAGAAAGAGGUCUUAAGCCAGCAGCAUGUACAAAGGAUGAGAAGAGUGAAGCCCAGCAGAAAACAAUGAUCAGUACGCCACAAACGGAAAAGACUGCAGUUAAUGCUGCUGGAGACAGAAAGGACAACUGUCACGUGAAGACAACUGCACCAACACUGAAAUCCGAACAACAAUCAUGUGUCACACAACCAACACCAUUUAACCUAUCAAGUGACGGAUCUGAUUUGAAAAUUCCAGGCAGCUACAGGAGAGCCGUACUGCAUGCUGAACGCUUGCUAGAAAAUUUACAAGUAUCACGUGAGAAGGAUCAUUCCUCGGCAGCCCAUUUUAUUCAGAGACUUAAAACAACAUUUGACUUCGUGGAACAUGACGAUCAGUCUCGUGAGUGUCAAUACUCUGCUGACUUUCCAACACAAAUUUCUGGUCAAUGUGAUGAUCUUGUCGUGACAAGUUUGAAUUACUCUGAUUUCAAAGAACUUGAUCAUUACUUGUCACUGCAAUGCGAAACGAUGCUUCUAAGAUUAGAUAUUGCUCUGUGUCAGAUUGCUCUUCGAGAUAUUCUGCCUGUUUUAACGGAAAGUCUAUCUAGUCACAGAAGAUCUCGAGUUGUGCUUGAUCUCAGGUGUGUGCUGCAGUUGCUGACACCAAGACUGAGGAUGCUGCCAAGGGCUUGUGUGACUGAAAGUAGGAUGCUGAUUGCCAGUGAUAAUCACUGACUAUUUCUUGAGCUCGUGAAAUCUAGAGCUCUGACUGAACUAGAAACAAGUAGUUCAACUCUAGGUUACUGGUGUAGAUGUGAGUGACAUGGAAUUGAUUUCUUAGAGGUUUUUAUUAAUAUUAAUAUAUUUUGUUUGACGUCAAUUUAUAUUGUACAAUAAAAUGCAGUAAAAUUAUUUCAUAAGAACGAA